UAAGCAAGACAAAAUCAGAAGUUUCCUUCUUCCGUAUUUAAAGUAAAGAAUUAUAUUGAGUCAUAAAGACCGCAAUAGUUUACGAUGACUGAUAAAUUAUCAACGAGAAGAGACUUUAUGAAUGUAUAAUGUCUGAUGUUGCAGACUUUGAUCUAUAAAAUCGUGAUAUUAGAUUAUAUUUCCUAGUUCCGGUUUCUAAGCUACUGCUAUGGGAGCCAUCACGCUCGGGUAAUUCAUUUCAGAUUGAUUUGAAUGGAUUGAAUAUGUCAUAUGACAACACACAUUCGCAUACAAUCUCCUGUACUUGCUCCAAACAAUGGCAGAGGGAGGCAUACGGCCUACAGAGCUUGGAUCCGGUCUGGCCGAGGCGUUUGAGCUUCUCUCCCAGGCCUCCGAGGAGCGACUACUCAGCCUUACAUCUAAAAUGGGCAGCACACGGGCGGAGGUGAUGGUUCAUGCAAUGUGCUUGAUUCAUUUAAAGAAGAGCGAAGAUGCUUUUGGUAAGCUCUCAGCCAACGGCGAAGGAAGGGUUGCCAAAUUCCUGGCUGAAAUGAUUAAAGUGCAUGGAGAAAAACUAAACAGUAGCCACAUUGGCAGUUUCAACGUCUCAGGCCCUGACAUAGAGACGCUUUUGGAUAUCGCAAGAGUUUUUGCUGUAUUGGUGCAGGAACGUUUAUGCGACAAGUCACUUCGAGAUCAAGCUUACCACAAAGCUUAUGCAAUAGGUCUAGGAUCUAUAUAUGCUGAAAACAUCUUCGAUGAAAUGAGAAAAGUAUGUGGGCUCCAAACCGUCGAUGAAUUCCCAAGGCCAGCUUCCCAAACUGGUGGUUUGACGUCUUUUGACAUGUCUGGGAGAAACGUUAGUCAUCCAUCCUCUCUAAGAUCCAGCUCGAACUGCAGCUCACGCACUCUUGAAAUAAGCUCGCCAACUAUUACAGAUGCCAGUAUGGAAGAACCAAAGCCAAUGACCCUACGCACGACCCAAAAUAGUGAAACUACAAGCAGCCAAAGCCAAGCACUACAGUGUCCAACUAAUAUUUCCCCACCUAAUGCACCUCAAACAGCAGAAGUCAUAAAUGGCUCGACCCUUCCGAAGCCCAAGCAAUGUAUGGACCACAAUGUAAGCUCACAGCUUCUGACUUCCAAAAACACAAAUCCUGGUUUGGAAUUCUCAUCCAGCAACACACUGGGAUCUCAACCUGCAAAUGUACACGUCAAUAAACCACCACACACCCAAUCGAACUUCAUCUCACAGGCCGUGAGCAGUAUCGAACCCGAUGACACGUUUUACGCUUUUGUAAUACUCCAUGAACCCGAAGACGCAGAUGAAGCCGAAAGACUCAAGGACAAACUGGAAAGCAUAAUCUCAGGUGUCGGAGCGACGUUCUCAGAAAUGGAGGAACCCGGCAGGUCCACCUUGGGCUGCCUGGAAGACGCCAUCAGCAACUCGGCGUUCACUUUGCUGCUGCUCACCCGAAACUUCAACACCAACCUCAGCGAAACCAGCACCGAUACGGCCAUCUUCAACUCUUUGGAGAAACUUUACAAAAAGAACAGCGUCAUUCCGUUGUUACCUCAGAAGAACUGCUUGCCGAAAGAUCGCCUUCGACUGGUGCUUCGCAGUACGGUUCCUCUAGAUGAGAAAAGCAAAACGUUCGAGCGUAAUGCUUUGAAAGCGAUGGCACCUGAGAAGAUUGCAAGUCAAAAGCAGGUGUGGAUGAAAGAGCAGCGAAUUAAGAUGGCAAUCAAAGAGCAAAAGAGGCUACAAGAGGAUAGAGCCAGGAAUAUGGACCUCCAACGGGAGACUGAAAGAUUAGAGCGGCUCAGAUUACAAUCCAAUAUGUUAUACGCCCAGUCUGCAUACCCAAGAGAUGUUAUAGGUCGAGGGUGCGGACCGAUGCCGACCAACGUGGAUGCGCAACAUGGCGCUUGGCAGCAACCGCCCUCGUGCAUUCACAUCGAGAACGCACAAAACGUAAUGAUUGGAAAUCAUUCAACAAUGAAUAUUGACCAUGAUCACGGCUCAGGAGAGGAUGAUUGAUUCUUAAAAUAACAGUACAGACAAAAUAACUUUGAAUAAAUUAUGGUGCUGGGUCAUCUGUAUAUCUGGUUUCUAUAUCCAUGGUUUCUGUUUUAUAUGGUUGCGGUUAUAUGUCCUUGCAAUAAAUUCAUAUAAAAUAACAAU